AUGUCGUUGCUUGGUUUUCUUUGCCAAGUUGUUGCAUUGUCCGUCUUGUUCUUCUCUGAAGUGUGUCUCGCCGGGAAAAAUAUACCGGCGAGUUUUGUGUUCGGAGAUUCGUUGGUGGAUGCCGGAAACAACAACUAUAUAGACACAUUGUCAAGGGCUAAUUUUGUUCCUAAUGGGAUCGACUUUGGAUCGGCUACCGGAAGAUUUACAAACGGAAGAACAAUCGUCGAUAUCGUAUUGCAGGCAUUAGGCUCCGAUGAAUUCACUCCACCGUACUUAGCACCCACAACAAGAGGAUCCGUCAUUCUCAACGGCGUCAACUAUGCUUCCGGCGCAGGUGGAAUCCUCAAUUCCACCGGAAGAUUAUUUGGAGAGCGGAUAAAUGUGGAUGCACAACUAGACAACUUCGCAAACACAAGACAAGACAUCAUUUCUUGGAUCGGUGAAUCCGAGGCGGCUAAACUACUCCGGUCAGCAAUUUUCUCGGUUACCAUCGGUUCUAACGAUUUCAUCAACAACUAUUUCAUUCCGGCCGUACCAAACGUUGAACAAAAAGUACCUCCAGAAGUGUUCGUCGAUUCAAUGAUCUCAAAAUUCCUAUUACAACUAACCAGACUGUACGAAUUGGGUGCGAGGAAAAUCGUGGUGAUAAAUGUGGGUCCCAUUGGUUGCAUACCGUUCUCGAGAGAGACUGAUCCGGUAGCUGGGGAAGAAUGUUCGGUCAAACCAAAUGAGAUGGCUCAGAUGUACAAUCUCAAGCUUAAAACCGUCGUGGACGAUUUAAACGCUAAUCUCAAUGGCUCAAAAUUCGUCUACGGUGAUGUUUUCCGCAUUGUUUACGAUAUUAUCCAAAACUACGAAUCUUACGGUUUUGAGAAUGAGAAGAGUCCGUGUUGUGCGUUAGCUGGGAAAGUAGGUGGGCUGAUUCCAUGUGGCCCAUCUUCCAUUGUAUGUAUGGACCGUUCCAAAUACGUGUUUUGGGAUCCGUACCAUCCUACGGAAGAUGCUAACCUCAUCAUCGCCCGGCGUCUCCUCUCCGGCGGCACCUCCGACAUUUCUCCGAUCAAUAUCCGGCAACUCGCUUCACUUAAGCUAAACACAUGA